CCCUAACACUAACCAAUAAGAAACGUUGUAAAGUUAUAAUUGGAUAUCAUUUGUAAUAGUUUGCCAUUUCUGAACUAGUUUUUGAAAAAAAGGAGUUAACUUAUUGAUAUUGUAAGGCAUGUUUGUUAAGAAACUCAUGAAAGCAAAAUGUGUUCAAGUUUGUGUUUUUUUCUGCUGUGCAAUUUGUAUCAGCUACUAUGCAUACAUGGACCAGAUUUUCAAAAACACCAAUCAGGAGAUGAAACGCUCAGCCCGAGCCAAGCCGCUGGCUAAGAAAAAGAAUGCACGGACGGUGAAGCAACCGGUCGAUUGGUCCAUAGGGUCAACACAUACGAUGCCCAAUCCAUAUUCAGAGGUCCUGCCACCGAGCCCAGCAGUGCCUGCCGCUCCGCCUAUGCCACCACAAUCAGUGCCACACCACAUACCACAGAUAUCGAUUGAUGAGAGUGAGGAGUCUGAUGAGGAUUCGCUAGAUGGCACGAUGGCUGCCCACUUAAACACUCUUCUGCCAUCUGGUAUGGCUCAAUCUAUUAGUGCACCAUUUGUUUCGAAAGUGAAACCUUUUUCUUACGAAGAAAAUAUGGAAAAACAAGUUGUUUGACUUCGCCCUGCUACUGCCCUCCACUCUGACAACUAACCAGUUUGCCAUUCAAAUGGACAAGAAUGCAUAACUGUGCAUUGUUCCGCAGAACAACACGAAAAGGAUACAUUACAUUGAUCAGUGGACGACCGCUUUCCUGCGUUUCUUAUCUAUUUACCUAACCACAUACCCAAAUGAAGGGCCUUAUUUAAUGAAAUAUAAGGAAAUAGUGCGCGAUCUUGCCUCAAAACGUCCAAUUUCUUUCAUAAAAUGAUACACGAUUUCGGAUGUUCCGAGAGCAAUGCCCUAUAUCAUGGGAAAAUAUUCAUAUCGAGUUCUUGCUCUUGGCCUCCACAAUGUUCCAGUUCGUUCCAUGCCCUUCCCCCAGUCCAAAGCAAGACAGUCCAAUCAACCCAGUCGGUUUCUUGAAAACACAUCCUGGACCUUCAAUCGAAGGUCAAAGUGCCACAACACCCUGUGCACGCGCCCACACAUCUGCGGUUACUGUCGUGGACAACACCCAUCAUCUCAGUGUGCCUUUACAAGCAAAGACCAAACUGCCAUUUCCAAUGCAAAAACAGGGUCAUUCGAAAAAAAAUCAAUAACGAUAGAAGAAUCAUCACUGCCAUCAAAGCCCAUGUUUUAAGCCAGUUUCUUAGUGGCUAUUAUUUGGCUGACUUCCUAGUACACGGGUUCACUCAUAAUUUCAAAUACGCCUACACCGGACAACAUUUAGCAACUUGUUCCCCAAAUUUAAAGUCCUGUCACGAACUUCAUGACACAGUUAGGUGAAAGAAUGACAAAGAGGUUUUGUGCCGGCCGUGUUAAGGGUCCAUUUGAUCAACCUCCCUAUCCCAAUUUACGUAUCAGCCCGGUCGGUGUAGUACCAAAAAAAAGCCGCUGGAGAAUACCGGUUCAUCCAUUACCUUAGCUAACCUAAAAGUUCGUCUAUUAAUGAUAAAAAAGAUAAAAACCUGUCUAGAGUGUCGUACGCUAAAUUUGACAACGCAGUACAAUUGCUUCUCCGCUUAGGUAAGAGUGCUUUACUUGAUCGAACCGAACCACACCCAUGAUCACGACCUGUUAAGUUUCCGGUUCGAUAGCAAAUAUUACUAUGACACCUUUUUGGCCAUGGGUGUCAGCUAAGCUUGCACCAUCUUUCAUCGCUUUAGUACAGCCCUUCAAUGUAUAUCUAAGUAACAUCUAAAUAUUGGUCAUACGGUUCAUAUUUUGGACGAUUUCCUGUUGUAAGGCCCAUCCAAUUCACCCACUUGUCAAAGUUACCUUGAGCUCUUCCAGGGCCUUUGAAACUAAAUUGGCGUCCUAAUAACGCUGAAAAGACUGAAUCAGCUUGUCCUAUUAUUACAUUCAUAGGGCUAGAACUGAAUUAUCUUUUGAUGGAAGCUCGUCAUCAACAAGCUCUUGAAAUUGAGGAUACUUCUCUCUAAAACAUAGAAGAAGCGAAAAAUAAAAAUAAAAAACCUUCAUCCCUAAUAGGUCUAUCGAACUUCUGUUGUCAGGUUGUUCGCCCUGAGAGGUUUCCUCAGACGCUUCAUAGAUUUGACCACAAAGGUUACCGAUCCCUCACACCGUAUUACCUUAGAUAAGCAGAGAAGGCAAGAUUUGGCCGCAUGGAUAUUAUUCAUACACCGUUUUACUGGAAAAACACUCUUGCUCGAGG